AUGGAGAACCAGAGCGCACACCUGUUUUCGACAAGGCCGCCACGACGUGCCGAACAUAGCAACAACAACACAACGACCGGCACCACGGCAGGUCUUUCCCUGCUGGACACCCAGUUUGUGGACUCGAACACGUCGCUGUCCAUCCUGGGCGGUCACGACUGGGACAGAAAGGCGUUGGCGCCGGUGCCGAGGACGUCGGUGGACAACCGCAGUCUGCUGCCGGCGGCAGACAACGGCGGCAGCAGAAGCAGCAGCGAUAAGGACGAAAACAACAGUGUGCACAACAGCAGGACGAAUGAGGGCCAUAACGGUGGCACCGACAGUCUGAGCCAGUGCAAGAAGCAGCCGGCGGCGCUGGACUGCUCAUCGUUUGUUGACCCGAACUCCUUCUCAACGCCGGUGUUAUCGUCGGCCGCCUCCACCUUCAGCAACAGAGUCCUUUCGGACCUGUACACGACGCCAGACUCACACACUUUCGAUACCCAAGACUCGCCGCUAAACACCCCCAUCACACCCAUCUCUCCUGGGCUCUACGCCUCGAAAAAGGUGCCCAGCGCUAGCUACACGAGGUUUCCACUCAACGACCCGGACCUGGAGCGGUUUGUGUUGAGCCCGAAGGUCUUCUGCCUUUCCUUGGAUGACAAGAUCGGCAAGGGCUCCAACGCGUACGUAUACUCAUGCCAGCUCUCGACGGUCGGCAUCCAGAACAGUUCCUUCCACAUUGCCGUCAAGAUACCCAUCUCCAGAAACAAGACCAAGCACAUCAUACAGGAGUCGAACUUCGCCAUCAAGCUACGAAACUACCAGGACGAGUGGUUCAAAAUACACAACCGCUUCUACCCAUUCAUAGACUGCUAUGGGCUCUACUACCUCAACAGAGAACAAUUCCCGCUUUUCAAAAAGAACGACGAGCUCCCCUGCCUGUUGAUGAAGAAGAUGUCGUUUGGGUUGUCGGCAUACAUCAAGAACAGCGAGAGGGGAUACGAAACAGACACCAAGCUAUCUCUUGCGCUCUGGUGGAAGCUCUGCUCGACCCUACUGGAUGCGCUGACGAUUCUUAAGACGCUCAACUGUGUGCACUGCGACAUCAAGACAGAUAAUAUCAUGGCCCUGGAAGUUGAAGACAACGAUGGCAGCCACCACCACGACCACAAGGAGAACAUUUUUUUCAAAGUCAUAGACUUUUCCUCCGCCUGCGAACUCGGUAGCCUCGUCAAGUGUCCCGACAUGACGCUACAGUACACUGCUCCAGAGCUCCUGGACUUUACGAAGAAACCACUACCGACUUUCCAGAGCGACCUCUUCAGCGCAGGAUUAGUGCUUCUCGAGGCCGCCACGGGUGCCCAGCCUUACGCCAGCGCCGGAUACGACCACUUCUUCCUACUGACGGUCAUAAAAGAGGGCCGUGUGCUGGAGUGGCUCUCUGCCGAAGACACCAACGUCCUCAAGGCCCACCCGGACAUAGACUCCGUGCUUCGCAAAAUUCUUGUCGAGCGAGCCCCCUUGGAGGACGUUGUCGCAUAUGUUGACCGCAUGCAUGUGUAA